AUGCAAAUGGAUGAAGAAAAUUAAGGAUUAGUACAGCAACAUAUGAAAAAACCUAAAGAUCCUGAAACACGUGGCAUCCUUUCCACUCUUUGUUACAUUAUCUAACUUAUUAUUCUUAUUUUUUUAGUCUUCCUUGUAUUUAAGUAUGCUCUAGCAAAUCAUAAAUAAUCUUCCAUACCUUAGAUAGAUAAAUUGAAUGUAAAUGAAAUUGAAAAUAUUGAUGAUAUUGAUAGUACUGUAGUUCUAGAUAAAGAAGAUUAAGACAUCAUGCAAUUUUUAACUAGUCCUGAAGAUGUUACUUAAUUUGAUGAUAUAAUUCCAGAACCAGAAGAAGAACAAUUUGAAGAAUUAAUAUUUGAAGCUGAACCAUGGAAUGAAGGAUAAUUAUAAGGUUGGCAAUUUAAAAAUGGUUUAACUUUGAUUGUUUAAGAAAAAUAGGUCUAAAUAGCUACUUUGUAAUUUGUUAUCUAUCAUGGUUAUCAUGAUGAUGAAUACAAUACAUUAUUUAUGAAUUUGCUAUUAAAACAAUAGUGUUCUUAAGCAUAAUUGAUUUAGAGAGCAUACACGAGUACAAUAAUUAUUCACUUUAAAAACGAAUUAUUGGAAACUUGUAUUAGAAACUUUGCAGAUUCACUUGUCAGAGAAUACACUCAAGAUGAUCUAGAUAAUAUUAACAAUCAAAAUAUUUAAACUGAAGAUCUUGAUCUCAUUUCUAAAAUUGAUAGAGUUUUAGAUGCAAUCUCAUUAAAUAAUGAAAUCAUGACCGAGCCUAUGUAGAUUUAGGAUUUAUAAAAUUAUAUUGACUUAAAAUUAAUCUCUAAUCCAAUUAGAUUGACUAUUGAAUCUUCAUUCUCAAAUCAAGAAAUUUAUAUGAUAGUUUCAGAUACUGAAUUAUUGGAAAAAGAAUUUGGAACAUACAUUAUUGAUUCUUGGGAUCUAGAACCUAUUCUAUUCAAUCAGAUUAGAAUCAAUUCCAAUCAAACAUCUACCAUCUUAAUUUAUACAGCAAAACAAGAUGAAUUUUUUAAGCAUUUGUUGUUGUAAAAAACAUAAAAUUCUUUACAAAAUAUUCUCUAAUGUUAAUUUGAAAUUCUAGAUUUUGAAUUCUUAGCAAUUAAUAUUUAAGAAUGUGAUUAAGAUAGCAUCACAUUAGCUAAUGCAAUCUAUAAUUUUGCAUCAUUUUUAAAAAGGUAGAAUGAAAAAACAUUAUUGAAUUGUCAUAAAGACUUUUACAAUCUAUAAAUUCUCUAUCAAAAAUAUGUUGAAGAUAAAGAAUUUUCUAAAAAGGAUCUCAAUGCAAUAAUUGAUAAUAUCUAAUCAGGGGUCAUUAUUAUUUAAUAAGGAUAAUUUAUCUAUUAAGAAUUAAAAACUUUAAAUAAAGAAGAAUUCUUAAACUCUAAUUUCGUUAAUAAAAAAGUAGAUUCAAUCGAAUAUUCUAACAUAUUAUUAGAUUAUACUAAUGUUUCAAAUUUAGAUGAGGAAUUAAUUUCAAAAUUAAAAUUGCCCAAUCUCUCUCAAUACAUUCCAAUUGAAUAACCAAAUUAUAAUUUUUAUACAACUAAUUAAAUUAUUCCUCUAAAUAUUACUCUAUCAGAACCUUAAAUUAACAAUGAUUCUCCAAAUGAAAUAGACCCUGGAUAUAAACCUUUGAGUCCAUAUGUCCCAUUAGAUUUAGAUUAAACUUAAAAAAAUUAUCUAAUACCAAUUUUAACUCCAUUAUAGAUAUCUUAAGAGUUGUGGUGGUAAUAUGAUAAUUAGACUAACAGAGCUUUUUUUGGAAUUUUAUUUUAUAAACCAAUUAAUGGUUAUAGCAUAGCAAAAUCGAAAGCAAUAUUAAAAGUUGCUUAAAUGUACAUAGAAGAAUCAAAUUUAGAUGCAGUUUCGGCUGGUUUUAAUUUUUAAGUAGAAAGUAGUCUUAAAGGACUCUCAUUUAUGUUAUCAGGAUGGAGCUUAACAUUCGAAGCAGUGAAAAAUUAGUUAUUAUCAAAUAUAAAAGAAAUUAAAGAUGAAUCUAAAUUUAAGAGUAUUAAAGAUAAUUUAAAAAAUCAAUUUUAAGAAUAUUACUUCUAAAAAACUCAAUUUUAUCUAAUUUAAUAUUGGCUACCAAAACUUAUGUUGAGACCUGUAAACGAUCCAGCAGAUAUCAUUAGAGAGUUUUAAGAUUUAAAAUUUAAUGAAUUCUCACAGUUUUUAACUGAUAUGUUUUCAGAGAGUAAGUAUACAGCAUUUAUUAGUGGAAACAUAGAUAUUUAAAAUGCAAAAUAAUUAGUUUAAGAAUAUCAUCCUAAUGAUAUAGAAACAAUUACAAAAACAUUAUAAAUAGAUAAAAAUUUAAUACACAUUAUUAAAUUGCCAGCCAAAUAAAAACAAAAUGCUGUACUAAAAUACUUUUCCGUUGGAAAAAGAGAUUAUUUAUCAUUAUCAGCAUUAUUACUGUUAUAAUUACAUUUUGAAUCAUAAUAAGCAAUAUAAGUGAGUUUUAAAAGCAUUGGUUGUGUAGAUGGAAUAUUAUUCUACAAUUAAGGUAUUGAUAGUGUUAUAAAAUUAAAUGAAUAAAUUUAACAUUUGAUUGAAUAACAGAGGUAUGAUUUAGAUAACUUGAAGGAUCGAUUGAUAUUACAUUAUUAAAAUAAUGAUGAAUUUUUAUGGGAUAAAAUAUUUAAUAGAAAUUAUGAAUUUAAUGUAUGCUAUUGAAAAUUAAAUUUAGGAAAUUAUAGAGAUUAAGAAUGAGAUUAAUAAUGUUUAAAUAAGUGAUUUCCAUGGUAUACUUCAAUCAGAAGCUUUGAGUAUUUUUGGAGUAACAGAAAGUUCUAAAACUCCAAAUAUACCAUCUGGUUAAAAUGAUUACUCAAAAUAAAAAGAGAAAUCUUAUUAUGAAUGUACCUAUUAAUACCAAUCCUAAUGA